AAAAAAAAAAACACCCCAAAAUGCACAAAAAUUUGUACAAUCUACAAACCCUAAAAAACAAAUUAAUAACUGACUUCCAGACUCCAGUUGCAGGCCUGCAAAAUCUGUUGCAUCAUCUGAAUCUAGAGAUCAAGAAGCAAUCCUCCUUCUUCCCAGUUUACCGUCAUCACCAUGAAGUCUUCCAACAUCUGAAUCUGAGUCUCAAUGGCGCACUGCUGUUUUCCUCCUUCCUCUUCCGCCUCCUCUGUUUUUACCGCACUCCGUUUCUCUCUCUUCUUCCCCGGUGGCUGACCGGCCAUCUGUCUCUUUUCUUCCCAUAUUCCCAGCCAGCAGUUUCUGCGUCGUGUUAUAGUGCCGGCUCGGCGGAGUCGGAGUGUAGAGAGUUCCACAUAACACCGCCAAACCACACACUAGCAAUCGCAUUCCAUCCCCGGCUUCCCCAAUGGGAAGUUAUGAGUUCGGUUCACUUGACGCUGGAGGAGGACUCGUCUGGGUUCGUCGGAGGAACGGCUCCUGGUGGCCGGGCAAGAUACUUUGUCCUGACGAGCUUGCAGAGCGUAAUCUCACGUCUCCUCGGACCGGCACACCUGUCAAGCUCCUCGGAAGAGACGACGCUAGCGUGGAUUGGUAUAACCUAGAAAAGUCUAAGCGUGUCAAGGCAUUCAGAUGUGGGGACUUUGAUGAAUGCAUUGAAAAGGCUGAAUCUUCUCACGUGGUCCCGAUUAAGAAAAGGGAGAAGUAUGCUCGUCGGGAAGAUGCUAUUCUUCAUGCACUUGAGCUUGAGAAGCAGCUCCUGAAGAAACAAGAAAAAUUAGGCAUGGCUUUUGAUCAUUCUAGAAGGAGAUCAUUUGUAUCUAUAAAGAAAGAGCUUGGCAUUCUUUAUGAUGAUAUGGGGAAUGAUUGUGGAAACCCUGAUCUAUACCAGUUUCGUAAUAGAGUAGAUGCUGAUAGCAAAGAUGAGGCAGUUAGCAGUCCCAUGCAUUUGUUGCAAAUGAGUGAAGGAAACAAAACAUCCUUGGCAGAUGAUCAUUCUGAUGAAAUGCCGCGGAUGAGAGACUUGCGUGAUGUUGGGCUUAGUACUGCCCAUUUGAAGCGGAAGCUGUCUUCUUUUGACUUUGAUCAUAGGAGUCCAGAAAACCAAGUCCAUGCAAACAGUGCCCUCGUCACGGAUAAUGGAGUUGAGCAGACAGGAACUCUUUCUUAUGCAAAGAGAAGUAAACUGGUUUACCUCCCAGCUGAAUGUGGAGAGUUGAUGGAUGAUAAAGGCCUUCCUUCAGGUCAGGUUAAGAUGUGCCCCAUUAAUGUCUCCCCUUCACGGUUUGAUGAGAAUGACGGCUAUCCUCAACAAGGUUCGCUGAAUGAGGGAAACUCUUCAUCUGACUUUAUGGAGGAUGUUGGGCAUAAUUCUUCUGAAUCUGAUUCUUCCGAGUCUGAUUUCUCUGCUACCGAACCGGAAAUGAAUGAUGAAGUGGCCGUCUUUUCAGGUUGUUUAUCUUUCCUAUCUUCAUGCUUGCUUUGUCAUUUCUUGAUUGAUGGCACAUUGAUGCUUGAGAGAUUUCAGUGCACAUUCUUUCAUGCUGGGAAAGAAACACAUGCUUUCCGAUAUGGCACCAUAGAAACUCAACUUGAUGGCUUGGCUGGACACGGAGAGGAUGGAACUACAAGCAGCGAGGAGACAGAUGACUCUGCAUUUUCUGGUAGCAUGCCUCCUCACUAUCUUGAGGAUCAUCCUUACCUUGCUAGUAAUGAAACAGUGUCCAAAUGGCAAUUGAAAGGGAAAAGGAACACACGUCAUCUUACAAGAACUCUGGACAUAGGCAAUGGAAAGUUCUCACACCCUUACAGAACAGAAGGAAGCACCUUGGGUUCAUAUGGUGUUCAUGAUGAGGACGACGACGAUGACGAUGAUGAUGAAUAUGGGACAAGAUAUUUCGGGUCCCGCAAGGGUCGGCUGGAUGAUGAUGGUUUUCCUUAUGGUUUACAGUAUGCGCAGAGAAGUCAUCGUCCAAAUACUAUUGGUCAAAAAUUGAUUAGUUGGGAAGACAUCACCUGGGAGGAGAGUCCUGCUUUCAGGACCUUUUGGAAGGCCGGCAGGGGAGAUCAUUUUAGUCCUUUUGGUGGUAGAGGGAGGUCAAUGUUAAUAGAUGUCGAUUUGAAGGUGAAAGCGAGCUAUCAGAAAGAAGCAGCUGUUCCUAUUGUGUCUCUCAGGAGUAAAGUAGAUGGAAGGGCAAUAAUAGGGCACCCAAUUCAAGUCGAGCCCCUGGAGCAUGGCUCAACUGAUGCUCUUCUGGUUUCCACAAGUGAUCACUGUAGCAGUGAGACAACAGUUGAACACCAUGAUAGGAAGGGGGUUGCAGCUUCAGUACUUCAACAACCAUCAUGGAGAACUGCAAGGAGGACCAACAAUUUCAGGGUUCCACGGCCUGUCAGUGGUCAGGUUCCCCGGGUCGGUGGUUCGGGUCGUAGAGGGUUGUCUGGAGGUGGUGGAGUCCGGAAGGGCAGCAGUGGUCAGGUUCCUUGGCCGAUGAGGAAAGUGGGGAAGAAGAAAGCGGGUGGUAUGUUGUCAUCCAGUCAGAAGACAAGGAUGCUCUCUUCCAUAGGGUUCCAACAGCGGAAGGGCGGUAGUAGUAGCAGCAGUGGUGGCGGCAGCAGCAACAGCAGUGAAAUGGGAGGAGGGGUUAUAAAAGGGGAGAGUUCUGGGCUCACCAUGGUGGCUUGCAUACCUGUGAAGUUAGUGUUCAGUAGGUUGCUGGAGAAGAUAAACAGACCACCUUCAUUUGGAGUCAAGUAGUCAUGAUCUAGCGUGGAUACAGAUGAUAGACAAGCACAGCAGCAGCAGCAUUAGGAGCAUGUACAAUUUUCUUCUUUUCAGCUCCCUUGUUUCUUCAUUUCUUUGUUCUUUGACUGAGAAACCAAGGAAAAAAGAAGAUAGAUGGAUAUAUAAAAUAUAGAUAGAUAGACACACUGAUAUAGUAGAUUAGGAUGUACGAAAUGCAGCAAUUGUUGCUUGCUAAUGGUAGGGGGAAGUUUGCUUCCUUAUUCUUGUCAAUGUUAAUUGUUUAUGACUUUCGACACGGAACGGAAUGGUGAUAGGCAGUAAAGAGUACUGGUGAAUUGAAUUGUGAUGGAAAUAGAAGGUAGAGUAAGCACAGGUGCAGGGGAAGGAAUAUGUCUAGGGUGACAUGAAUGUACAUUAGACUUGUUUUUUGGCAGAAAGUGGAAGGAAGAAGCAAUAGGAACUUAAUAGGAAACCUCAUUCUUUUGUUUGCAGUUUGCUUGAAUUUGUUUGCCC